UCCAUGGAGAAGGCUAUAUGUUAUCCCUAUAUGCUUAUACGGAGAUUGAGAUAUUUUCUAGUUUUCUAUUAUUUAGUAAUUGCAGACAACAACUGCUUAGGACAGCCAUGGAUGCUUCCAUAAAGCUUUAUAUUGGUUUCUUUCUCUUACAGAUGUUCUUCUUACCUCCCUCCAUUUCAUCCAAGCUGCUAACUCGUAAACAAAGCUUGGGUAAUCCGUCUGGAUUUCCUUCCAACUUUCUCCUCGGAACAGCCUCUUCUGCUUACCAGUAUGAAGGAGGUUACAUGAGUGAUGGUAAAGGUUUGAACAAUUGGGAUGUCUAUUCCCACAAACCAGGAAACAUAAUCGUUGAUGGAAGCAAUGGAGACGUAGCUGUGGACCAUUAUCAUCAGUAUUUGGGAGACGUUGAUCUGAUGCAUUCACUUGGAGUCAACAGCUAUCGAUUCUCUAUUUCUUGGUCGAGAAUUUUACCUCAAGGGAGAUUCCGAGAAGUUAAUGUAGCCGGUAUCAACUUCUACAACAACCUUAUUGAUGCUCUCCUACUUAAAGGCAUUAAACCAUUUGUAACAUUGACGCACUUUGAUUUUCCUCAAGAACUUGAGGACAGAUAUGGAAGUUGGCUGAGUCCUCAAUCACAGGAGGAUUUUGCAUAUUUUGCAGACAUCUGCUUUAAGUCCUUUGGAGACAGGGUGAAGUAUUGGGUCACUUUCAACGAGCCUGAUUUCCAAGUCACUUUUGGGUACCGUACAGGAAAAUUCCCACCAUCACGUUGCUCCUGGCCAUUCGGAAAUUGUACCUACGGUGAUUCAGAGAAGGAGCCCUUUAUAGCAGCCCACAAUAUUAUCCUAGCACAUACAGCCGCUGUUCAUAUUUACAGAACCAAAUACCAGGAGAUGCAAGGAGGUAGCAUUGGAAUUGUCUUGCAUUGUUCAUGGUAUGAACCCAUCAGCAACUCUAUAGCUGACAAGCUAGCAGCUGAAAGAGCUCUAUCCUUCUCUAUAAAUUGGUUUCUAGACCCAAUUAUAUUCGGAAGAUAUCCUCCUGAAAUGCAAAGCAUUAUAGGAUCUAUUUUACCUGAAUUUUCAACAACUGAGAAGGAGAAGCUGAAGAAAGGAUUGGAUUUUAUCGGGAUUAACCACUAUGCGAGUUACUAUGUCCAUGAUUGCAUGUUCUCUGUGUGUGAACCAGGAUCAGGAACCUCAAAGACAGAAGGAUUUUGGGCAAAAAGUUUAGAGAAAAAUGGAACCCCUCUUGGCGAACUUACUGAGCUGGAUUGGCUGAAUGUUUACCCCCAAGGAAUGGAGAAGAUUGUAACCUAUAUUAAAGAGAGAUACAAUAACAUACCCAUGAUCAUUACUGAAAAUGGAUAUGGUGAUGUGAACAAGGCAGAUUCCACAACUGAAGAACUUUUACAUGAUGUCAAACGAGUGCAGUACAUUGCUGGACACUUGAAUGCACUGUCAACAGCAAUCAGGAAAGAAGCAGAUGUGAGGGGUUACUUUGCAUGGUCUUUGCUAGACAACUUCGAAUGGAAUUUUGGAUAUACGGUUCGAUUCGGACUUUACCAUGUUGACUAUAAGACCCUGACGAGAAGACCAAAAUUGUCAGCAACUUGGUAUAAAAAAUUCAUCUCAGAGCAUGGCAAAGUAAAAGACCAGAGAGCAGAACAUGCUCAGAAUCACCCUUACUACAACUAGCCUGCUCCUAGAAUCUUUUCUCAAACAAUGUUGGGGUUAGGCAAAAUUAUGUUGUGAUAAAAAUCAUAGGAACAAUCGUUUCUUUCAGGGUCGGCGUUAUAUUAUCUUGGGCAAAUAAAUAUUUCUCCCUUUUUCACUACCAGCACCAAAAACUUAUCACUAGGUACUAGUAAAUGUAAAUUUUUAGUUUACUCCGUUUAAUUUAUAGUAGACAAGAGAACAUGGACUCUAAAUUCAUAAUGAUUCCAAGUGCAUGUAGUAUACAUGCAAGCGAGACAGGAGACCAGAUCCAUUAGUAAUUUUGACCAACUCUACACUGAAAAUCUGCAAUGCUUGUCCAAGCAAGGGGAGAAAAUAUUUUUAACCUGAAUACAACUCUGUAAAUUACUAAAUUGGAAUUUUAGAAAGUCGACUAUACCUGGUAAUAACUACUUGCAAUAAAUUAUUGCUGCCCUCCAAAUUUUCUGUUUGGCAAGUUGAUUUCGACUAUAGGUUUUGAAUUAUUGAUUCCUGACGCCUCCUCUUCUAUAUCUUCAACUGAAAUUUCUGUUUAGCUGGCAUAUAUACAUCUAUAACUUUAUCGCAUCCGCUGGAGUAUGCAUGGUGGAUAUUGCUAGAUGAUAUUAAAAUUGGUAGUAUUAAAAAUAAUC